GCGGCGAUCAAGCGGCGGCUGCCCUGGCGGCGGGGCCACGGGUCAAAGCGGGAGGCCCGGGACCGGUGAGCCUGGAGCGGGGCGCGGACCGGGCACGCCCGGAGGUCGUCGGGAGGAAUGCGGCCGCGGGAGGCGCGGGGCUGGCUGCGUUUGGCAAGAGGUGGAUCGGAGCACCCUCCUGACUCGUCGACGCCCGGUCCGUGCUAAACGUGUAACAUGCAGAACUGCGUUGAAAUGUCACCACCAUCUUUUCAUGGCAACGCUCUCAGCAUCUCCAUUUUCCAGAUGGGGAAACUGAGGCCCAGCGUGGCCAAGUGACUUGCCUGAGUUGACACAGGGAGAGCCAGGAUUCGGCCCCAGCCCCCCAGCUGUCAAGAGCAUGCCUCUGUGCCACUGGGGGACCACCGCCAGGGGCAGCGAGCCCCAUGGAGAUGGAGCUCAGGCUAUGGCCACCAGGGGAGGCCUGAAGGUACUUCUGCACUGGGCUGGCCCCGGCGGCGGGGAGCCCUGGGUCACCUUCAGCGAGGGCACACUGACCGCGGAAGAAGUCUGCAUCCACGUUGCUCACAAAGUCGGCAUCACCCCACCAUGCUUCAACCUCUUCGCCCUCUUCGAUGCCCAGGCCCAGGUCUGGCUGCCUCCGAACCACAUCCUGGAGGUCUCUGGAGACACAAGCCUGACUCUGCACUUCCGCAUGAGGUUUUACUUCCGGAACUGGCAUGGCAUGAAUCCACAGGAGCCGGCCGUGUACCGCUGCGGGCCCCCGGGGGCCGAGGCUCACUCCGGACAGGCAGAGCAGGGCAUGCAGCUCCUGGACUCAGCUUCCUUUGAGUACCUCUUCGAGCAGGGCAAGCACGAGUUUGUGAACGAUGUGGCAUCGCUGUGGGAGCUGUCGAGCGAGGAGGAGAUCCACCACUUUAAGAACGAAAGCCUGGGCAUGGCCUUCCUGCACCUCUGCCACCUCGCUCUCUGCCGCGGUGUCCCCGUGGAGAAGGUGGCCAAGAAGAUCAGCUUCCAGGACUGCAUCCCGCGCUCCUUCCGCCGCCAGAUCCGCCAGCACAGCGCGCUCACGCGCCUGCGCCUGCGCAGCAUCUUCCGCCGCUUCCUGCGGGCCUUCCAGCCGGGCCGCCUGUGCCAGCAGGUCGUCAUGGUCAAGUACCUGGCCACGCUCGAGCGCCUGGCGCCCCGCUUCGGCUCGGAGCGCGUGCCCGUGUGCCACCUGGCGCUGCUGGCCCAGGCCGAGGGGGACCCCUACUACAUCGGGGACAGCGGGCACGCCCCCUCGGACCCCGGGCCCGAGGCUGCUGCGGGACCCCCUACCCACGAGGUGCUAGUGACAGGCACCGGUGGCAUCCAGUGGCGGCCGGUGCAGGCAGAGGGUCCCAGUGGCAGUGGCAGUGGCAGCAACAGGAAUCCUGGUGCUGGCCCAUCCGGGAAGAAAGCCAAGGCCCAAGAGGUGGGCGACCAGCCAGUGGACAGGCCACGGGAGGUGCCGUGGACCUACUUCUGUGACUUCCAGGACAUCACCCACGUGGUGCUCAAAGAACGCCACGUCAGCAUCCACUGUCAGGACAACAGAUGCCUGGAGCUGACGCUGCCUUCCCGGGCCUCGGCCCUGUCCUUGGUGUCGCUGGUGGAUGGCUAUUUCCGCCUGACAGCCGACUCGAGCCACUACCUGUGCCACCAGGUGGCCCCUCCACGGCUGGUGAUGAGCAUCCAGGACGGUAUCCACGGCCCUCUGCUGGAGCCAUUCGUGCUGGCCAAGCUGCAGCCAGAGGAGGGCCUCUACCUCAUCCACUGGAGCACCAGCCACCUCAACCGCCUCAUCCUCACGGUGGCCCAGCGCGACCAGGCGCCCAGCGUGAAGGCCUUGCGCCUGCGCAAGUUCCCCAUCGAGCUGCGGGCCGGGGCCUUCGAGCUGGAGGGCUGGGGCCGCACCUUCCCCAGCGUGCGCGAGCUGCGGGCCGCGCUGCACGGCUGCUCCCUGCAGGCCGGCGCCGACCACUUCGCUCUGCGCCGCUGCUGCCUCCCACGGCCAGGAGAGAUCUCCAACCUCAUCAUCAUGCGGGGGCCUCGGGCCAGCCCCCGGCUGCUCAACCUCAGCCAGCUCAGCUUCUACCGCAUCUGCCAGGACGACAUCACCCAGCUGUCGCACCUGGGCCAGGGCACAAGGACCAACGUGUACGAGGGCCUCUUGCGAGUGCAGGGCGGAGGCCCCGAGGAGGACAAGGCAGACGACGGGGACCCCCCCAUGCCCGGCGGGGGUCGCGGGCAGGAGCUGCGAGUGGUCCUCAAGGUGCUAGACUCCAGUCACCAUGACAUCGCCCUGGCCUUCUACGAGACGGCCAGCCUCAUGAGCCAGGUCUCCCAUGUGCACCUGGCCUUCGUGCACGGGCUCUGCGUGCACGGCUCCGAGAACAUCAUGGUGACGGAGCACGUGGAGCACGGGCCGCUGGACGUGUGGCUGCGGCGGGAGAGGGGCCACGUGCCCAUGGCCUGGAAGGUGGCCGUGGCCCAGCAGCUGGCCGGCGCCCUCAGCUACCUGGAAGACAAGAGCCUGGUUCACGGUAACGUGUGUGGCCGGAACAUCUUGCUGGCCCGGCUGGGGCUGGCGGAGGGCACCAGCCCCUUCAUCAAGCUGAGCGACCCCGGCGUGGGCCUGGGCGCCCUCUCCAGGGAGGAGCGGGUGGAGCGGAUCCCCUGGAUGGCCCCCGAGUGCCUAUCGGGUGGGGCCAAUAGCCUAAGCACAGCAGCUGACAAAUGGGGCUUUGGUGCCACCCUCCUGGAGAUCUGCUUCGACGGGGAGGCCCCCCUGCAGGCCCGCAGCCCCUUCGAGAAAGAGCACUUCUACCACAUGCAACACCGGCUGCCUGAGCCCUCCUGCCCGGAGCUGGCCGUGCUCACCAGCCAGUGCCUGACCUACGAGCCAGCGCAGCGGCCGUCCUUCCGCACCGUCCUGCGUGAUCUCACUCGGCUGCAACCCCAAAAUCUUGUUGACGUCUUGGCUGUGAACCUGGACUCGCUGGCGUCUGACCCCACUGUUUUCCACAAGCGCUAUUUGAAAAAGAUCCGGGAUCUGGGCGAGGGUCACUUCGGCAAGGUCAGCCUGUACUGCUACGACCCGACCAACGACGGCACUGGAGAGAUGGUGGCCGUGAAGGCCCUCAAGGCCGACUGCGGCCCCCAGCUCCGCACCGGCUGGCGGCGGGAGAUCGACAUCCUGCGUACGCUCUACCACGAGCACAUCGUCAAGUACAAGGGCUGCUGCGAGGACCAAGGCGAGAAGUCGGUGCAGCUCGUCAUGGAGUACAUGCCCUUGGGCAGCCUCCGAGACUACCUGCCACGGCACAACGUCGGGCUGGGCCAGCUGCUGCUCUUCGCCCAGCAGAUCUGCGAGGGCAUGGCCUACCUGCACGCGCAGCACUACGUGCACCGAGACCUGGCCGCGCGCAACGUGCUGCUGGACCAUGACAAGCUGGUCAAGAUCGGGGACUUUGGCUUAGCCAAGGCCGUACCCGAAGGCCACGAGUACUACCGCGUGCGAGAGGAUGGGGACAGCCCGGUGUUCUGGUAUGCCCUGGAGUGCCUGAAGGAGUCUAAGUUCUACUAUGCGUCCGACGUCUGGUCCUUUGGGGUCACCAUGUAUGAGCUGCUGACUUACUGUGACUCCAGCCAGAGCCCGCCCUCGAAAUUCAUCGAGCUCAUAGGCCUCACCCAGGGGCAGAUGACCGUGCUGCGGCUCACGGAGCUGCUGGAACGAGGGGAGAGGCUGCCGCGGCCCGAGAAGUGUCCCUGUGAGAUCUAUCUCCUUAUGAAGAACUGCUGGGAGGCAGAGGCCUCCUUCCGCCCGACCUUCCAGAACCUCAUACCCAUCCUCAAAACGGUGCACGAGAAAUACCAAGGCCAGGCGCCCUCGGUGUUCAGCGUGUGCUGAGGCCCGCCCACAGCCCCAUGGGGGAAUCGGAGCAGGCAGGACCCCCAGAGAGGGCCUCCUGCUCCAGCCCCCCAUCCCCCCCACCCCCAGAGGGAGAGGUCAGCCUCCCCGGCUCCCUGUGCCUCACUAGUGCCCCAGACCCACCUCCGUGAACGGACUGUCCUCAUCCCUUCCGGCUGCUGUGACAGUACCGUAGACUGGGGGCUUAGAAACAACGAAUUUAUUUCUCACAGCUCUGGAGGCUGCGAAGUCCAAGAUCAGGGUGCCAACAUGGAUGCAUUUUGAUAAAGGCUUUUUCCUUGUUCAUA